CGCACUAUCUAUUUACAUGUAGCCUUACUUGUUGACUAAUUUUAUGCCUGCUUUUGUUGUAGGAUUCUUUUUGAUGGAAUGAUGCAUUUUUAGUGCUUUAUUGCGGUCAUUUCUGCAUCAAAAAUAGGCAAACAGCCAAAAGAACUAAUUUAAGGAUUAACCUCAAAUGUUUCGAACUGGGGACCCUGGAACAUGCCAGAGAUUGUAGAUAUUAAAACAUACAAAUGCAAAAUGCAAAUCUUGUCACUUCACAUUCCAGACCAACGGGUGGCAUCAAAUCGUACAGUUGUUACUACAGAAAAACAAUCUGAAGAAGAAGUAAAAGAACCAAUCAGCGCUCACCGGUCCUGUCUGAUUUGCAGCCAAUCAGCGUCACUAUAGAUGAAUUUCAAAAAGUCACCCGCCAUGAUUGCUGUGUUUUAGUCUGAGUCUGUCCGUUGUUCGUGUUUUUUUCACAGGACGGCCAGAAGAGGAAGUUUGUUUUUAUAAGUGCUGGGUUGUUGUUGUUUUUUUUUGGAAAAGAGCAAGAUAUCUGAACAUGGAGUCUCGAUUUGCUCACCUGCGCCAGCGGGACACCAGUGUGUCGAUGCUGAGGGUAAAAAUGUCCCGUAGGAGGUCUCAGUCGCAAAAGGAGAACAGAGAACGGGCCGUGAACACACGCAGGCAGCUGGACAAGCUCCCGGAGCUGGAUGUCUCUUCCCUGGAUGCCUCUAUCGCAAUGGCCAACAUGUCAACUAUUCAGGAGAAGACACAGAACAAUGCAAAACUUGCUAAAAACGUGGCUGUAGAAGAGAGGUUGAAACAGCUUGAGCGCUGGAAAGAGCGCAAGGCACUGGAGAAGGAGAAGGAAAAGAGAGAAAAGGAGCGUAAAGGGGUAUUUAAGACUGGUGUGUAUCAUCCAAAUGACACCCUUACCAUUGUCUCUCUGCCUGCGGUCCCAGCUGCCUCAACCAGAGCUAUGGAGACAAAAGUGAACACAGCUCCAUCCCAGAGUACUAGAGUCACUCGUUCAAUGAAACAGCAGCAUCAAAUGCAGAGGCCUCUGAAGAUCCAGGAUCCAAAUACUGCAGCAAAGAAAGCUCAACCUGCUGUGGAAAGACCAACCAGGAGCCGGGUUGCUCCUGUCAAGCCUGCACCAGCUAAGACCAAGACCAAAGUUUGUGCAGUGGAGCCUGUCGUACGAGCUUUGUCGACCAGAUCAGCCAACAGGCCUCCUGUUACAGCAGCUCCUGUGAAGGACAAGUCUGCAGGUGUAAGAACCACAAGGAGCAGAGCAUUUGUCAACACUGUGGCCCCCCCUUCUGACACAGAAAGAAACUGUAAAGCAACUGUCAAUAUCACUGUUCAGUCUGCUGUGCCCAAGGAGCCUGAGAUGCAGGAGCCAGAGGAAAAACCUCGUCCCCCCAGCCCGGCACCCUGUUCUGAGGAGGAGGACAUAGUGGUGGACCAAGCUCCGGCUAAUUCUAUCCCUGCGGUGGAUCCUGUUGAAGCGCCAUCCUCUUUAUCUUCUUUUGCUCCAGAGGGUUUCAUCUUUCAGGCUCCCACUGGCUUGUCGUCCUUCAAGUUCGAGCCUCUCACUCCUCGCUCAGCAGAGGCCUUCCUCACACCAAGCCCCAGCUUCAGUCUUCCACAAGCCCCCACGUUCAACAUUGAGCCUCAAGCUGAGCCAAGCGAACUCUCUCUCCCUAAAUCCCCUCGCUGCUCUCCUUCUAAUGCAUCUACCACAGCGGCCCGUCCGACUCCAGGCAGCCCCCUGGAAUCGGAGCAUGACGUACCAUACUUCAGAUCGGAAAUUGCCAACGAGACAGAAAGGCUGAUAACUCUGUGUGCCCACUGGGAGCCUAAAGUGGAGGAUGAGUCCAUCCCAGAAGAGAUGAGAGACCGUAUGCGCACAGCAGUCGGCCAAGCAAGGCUGUUGAUGAAAGAGCGCUUUCAACAGUUCAGCGGUCUGGUGGACGACUGCGAUCUGGGCCGAGGGGAGAAGAUCACCACCUGCACUGACCUGCAGGGGUUCUGGGACAUGGUUUAUUACCAGGUAGAGGAUGUCAGCAAGAAGUUUGAAGCUCUCAAAGAAGCAGAGAGCCGAGGUUGGGUGGAGGAGCACAAGCCACCACCGCAACAGAGGAAAGUAGUGAAGAAACCAUCAGCUGCACCUGCCAAGCCAGCAGGAACCAAAGCAGCAGCAAAGUCUCGCUUAGCUGCUGUGAAAGCGGCCAUGAAAGCCAGACAGCAGGCGGCCGAGAAAGCAGCAAAGGAUGCCGGUAACAAUGAGGACAACCCGAACCUGAACUCUCAGGAACCACAACCCCAAUCAGAGGCCCAACUGACUAACACAGUGGUCUUUGAUGGAGGCUUCUUCCAGGUGGAGAGCCCAGCCAAACCACCAAGUUCAGUAAGGAGAUCCAGCCGUCUCAGUGCUGCCGUGCUGCUUCAGGCUUCUCCCUGCUCCAACUUUCUCUCACCUAGAAGAGUCUCUCUGCGAUCUCUUGCGCUGGCACAGACCCCCGUUCACACCACCGCCUCACCUGCUCAGCCUGUCCACACUCCUGCCCACCUCCAUCUCACCCUCAACCAAACCCCAGCACGAGCACCAAAGUCUCAGCGUGGCACUCCUCAGUCAUCCCAGAACAGAAUGGACACUGUAAAUGUGUCUCUGUGUUUCACACCUGUAAGGGAAGUGCUUUCAGACAACACCCAGCCCGAGGGAAGCCCUGCACACCAGUCAAAAACAGUCUCCACACAGGAAAACUCCACACCUAUACAUUCACCUCCAUCCAUUUCUGUAGUCGAGGAACAAGAUGAACCAGCUGAAGCUGUCGAUGUUGACUUACCUCUCUCUCCAAGACUUCCCCUUACUCCAUGCAAAACACCUCUUCCAGUCUCCCAGGCCCCUGAGCUCUCAUCAUGUCUGAGUUUCACGUUGUCACCCUGUGUAACUCCCAGCCAGCCUCCCAUCUCCUCCCCUCUUGCUGUUCAGGGCCCUGUGGAUGCCCAAGAGUCUGUGUGUUAUACACCAGACAGUUCAGUUGUUGAGGAAAUUCCUGGGUUGGACUUUGAGCGUUACCUCCAGCCUUCACAGAGAUGCAGCAUGUCACCGAGGGAGACGGUUGCCGUAGAAAUGCUCUCACCCAUGGCAGUGGAUGUAGAAAUGGAGAGUCCUAGAGGUCAAUCUGAGGACCUGCUUGCUCAGCAAGAACCAGCACUGCCAGCAGUUUCUUCACUGUUAACUCUUCAGUCACCACAGGCCCAGACAGCAGAGUCUGCCAUGCUUCUCUUCACCCCGGACCUGAAGGACCGGAUACGCCAGUCUGUCUGUCCAAGUGACCUUAUGGUCUUCACCCCUCCCCUCUAAUGUGUAACAAAGAGAUUUUUAUUUUAUUUUUUAAUGUUUUUAAUUUUGACAUGUAUUUACCACUUUAGUUACUCUUUGGGGGAAAAAAAUGUGAUUUUUAGUUAACAUGGAAAAUAGUUUGUCUAAUUAAAGUUCUAGAUACAACAAGGUAA